UCUGCACUUCACUAAUUUCGCUGUGCGACUCCACGGGCUCGGUCGACCUGCAGCCUUCAUUUAAAGUUAACGGGCCACGGGAAAAGGGGAUUUUAUCUGCUUGUCCAUCUGCAUCACCCCGACUUAAAUACAGGUCCACGGAGCGGCGACAAAAAGGCAGACAGUUAGUGCAGAAGCAGGCACCAUGUCCACCCCCACAAACCCAGAGGUGAAGGAACUGAACCCUGUCGACUUUAUCCAGCUACAGCAGUACAUCGAAUACUGCAGCUUGAAGGUUAAAGAUGUGCUGAGGGAAUUUGAUGCAGAUGGCAGGCUGGCCCAACACAGACACGGAGAGUGCAUCAACGAGGAGGGCUUUCGUCUGUUCCUGAAGACGUAUUUAGAAGUGGAGGACUUCCCUGUGGAUCUCUGCCAGAGACUUUUCCGCUCCUUCCAAAACUCCGAAGCCGCCCGAGAAGACAGUGCCAAAGAGGUCUUUUUGAAGGACGUCUCAUGUUACUUCUCUCUGCUGGAGGAUGGCCAACCCAGGGACAAGCUGGAGUUUGCAUUCAAGCUAUAUGACAGAGAUGGCAAUGGAGUCCUUGACAGCUCUGAGGUGGACAGGAUUAUAGCUCAAAUGAUGCAUGCAGCAGAUUACCUUGGCUGGGAUGUGUCCGAGCUCCAACCAGUACUGAAGGACAUGAUGACAGCGAUUGAUGCUGACAGCAGUGGCACCGUGUCUCUGGAGGAGUGGGUUGAGGGUGGCAUGAACAACGUUCCCUUGCUGGUCUUACUUGGACUGAAGAUGACCCAGAAGGAUGGGCAGCACCUUUGGAGGAUGAAACAUUUUAACAAGCCUGUUUACUGCAACGUGUGUCAGAGCAUGCUGCUGGGACUGAGGAAACAAGGGCUGUGCUGUACCUGCUGCAAAUACACCGUGCAUGGGCGCUGUGCUAACAGGAACCCGGCCUCCUGUACCAGGACUUAUGUCAAGUCGAGGAAAGAAACAGGGAUUGCAGCACACGACUGGGUGAGUGGGAACUGCGACUCUGGGAAAUGUGAUAAGUGCCAGAAGAAGAUGAAGAGCUACCAGGGGUUACUGGGCAAACAUUGCGUGUGGUGCCACACCAUGCGUCAUGAUGAGUGUGCAGCCCUGGAGCCGACAGAGUGUACCUGUGGGCCUCUCAGAGACCAUAUCCUGCCUCCGUGGGCCAUAUACCCUGUUAUAAAGGAGAGAUCAAACAACAUCAAGAACGGCUGCACAAGCUCAGCAGAGGACAGUGAGCUCAAUACCACCCCUGAUGGGCAGGUGCUGCAGAUUUCUCCGGUGCCAAACACUCAUCCUCUUCUGGUGUUUGUAAACCCUAAAAGUGGUGGCAAACAGGGAGAAAGAGUCCUGCGUAAAUUUCAGUAUUUACUGAAUCCACGGCAGGUUUACAACCUUUUGAAUGGUGGCCCUGGACCUGGACUGAGUUUCUUCAGAAACCUGCAGGAAUACAGGAUCUUGGUGUGCGGGGGAGAUGGAACAGUGGGCUGGAUUCUUGACGCGAUAGACAAAGCCGGUCUUGUGGUGCGGCCACCUGUAGCUGUGCUCCCUCUAGGGACGGGAAACGACCUCGCACGAUGUCUCCGAUGGGGAGGAGGCUACGAUGGCAUGGACCUGAGUCGUAUUCUUAAAGAUUUGGAGAGCAGCUCUCAGGUGCUGAUGGACCGCUGGAGCGUGCAGGUGAUCACAGAUGAGAACCACGAGAAGGGCGACCCGGUGCCAUACGAAAUUAUCAACAACUACUUCUCUAUUGGAGUGGACGCCUCCAUCGCCCACCGGUUUCACACGAUGAGGGAGAAGUAUCCCCAGAAGUUCAACAGCAGAAUGAAGAACAAGCUGUGGUAUUUUGAAUUUGCCACAUCAGAAACCAUCUCUGCUUCCUGCAAGAAACUGAAUGAAUGUCUAACGAUUGAGUGUUGUGGCACUCCUUUGGACCUGAGUGGCGUGUCUUUGGAGGGUGUCGCUGUCCUAAACAUUCCCAGCAUGCAUGGUGGCUCCAACCUGUGGGGUGAAACCAAAAAAGCGGAUACGAGGGGUGUCUCAAGUCAAGAAGAGCCUGAGGUGAUCGUCGACCCAGAAAUCCUGAAGGUUACCACUCAAGAUCUCAGUGACCGUCGAUUAGAAGUGGUUGGCCUUGAGGGAGCCAUGGAGAUGGGACAGAUAUAUACAGGCCUGAAGAGUGCAGUGAGGCUAGCCAAAACAUCCCAGAUCACCAUCAGGACAAAAAAAUCAUUACCAAUGCAGAUAGAUGGGGAACCAUGGAUGCAGCCUCCCUGCACGAUCCACAUCACCCACAAGAAUCAAGCCAAAAUGCUGAUGGCUCCUCAGUCCAAGUCGUCUGGCUUCUUCAACUACAAAUAAAACUGCCUGCUCAGUAGCAGCUAGGAUGCACUUGUUGUAUAUUUUAUCAAGAACUGAAGCAGCCUUAUGUCAUAAAAAUAUAUUGAAUGUGUAUGUUGUAGAAAAUUGUGCAUUGUAAUAUAGUUAAGGUACGUGGAAGUGCUUCAAGAGUUGUGCAGCUACAUAACAAACUGUUGAAGCAUGGCAUUCUAUUUAUAAUAUGAACUAUAUGCUGUGUCAAAGCCUUCAAAAUAUAUACUUAUGUUUGCAUUGUGGCAAAAUUACGUUGACCAAACUAGCUCUGUGUUUUUAUCAGUACUCAACACUCUCUUGCUUAUUAACAGUUUAUGAAAACAUUGCCUGCUGCUGCUCUGCAGGAACAUUAAGAAAAAUAUCAUGCUAAAAAGAGAACCUGUAGUGAGCUUCAUGUGCCUUGACAAUCUGUUCCCUAUUGUUGUGAGUUUUUCAGGAAGAGAACUUGCAGAGCUGUUGCAGGCGUUGGAGAGUGACCCUGUAGACUUGCUGUUUUGAUGUGGCUACAGAGCUUUUUAGAGAUGCUGUGAAAUCUGAGAGGCCGGCUGUAUAUUCAUGUCAGUGUGGACCCAACAGCAGAGGAUAAACUUUACAGUCUGUACUCAGAUUGUAAUUGAAGUAAUGUUUCUACUUUGUCAUAUAUUUCAGAAUAUACUUGAAAAGGUGUUGGGGAACAGAAACAAUAUCUAUUUCUAUUUUGCUGUGUGGCUUUUCAUUUCAGUCUAAUACAUAAUACACUUUGUUAACAUAGUAGGCCUUUACUGCUGUGUUUGUGUGUGCGCGCGUGUGUGUGUGUGUGCAGGAAGCCCUUACUGUGCCUGGUUUGUUCCGUAUUUGUUUUGCUUGAAAAAUGGGGGGUGUGUUCACAUCUGACUUAUGAGUUGUGAUCAUUUGAAUUUGAAAUAUUUGGUUUCAGGUAGUUCAAAUAUUUGUAAUCCUCACUUAAAUGCUUUAUCAGCCAUAUCAUUUCAGUAAAACACGAGAAUGCUGCGGUAAUGCUUAAAAUAACAUGUUGUAGAAAAAACUCAAUAAACCAUGUGGA